AUGACUUUACUGGAACUUUACACAAAGUAUAACAGAGUGUGGAUACCAGAUGCAGAGCAGGUGUGGAAAUCAGCUGAAAUUACAAGAGAUUUCCAUUCUGGGGACGAUGUUCUUGAACUACUUUUUGAAGAUGGCACUGACUACAGAUACCCUGUUGACACAUCUCAACCCAAACUCCCUCCUCUUCGAAACCCAGACAUCUUGGUGGGCGAGAACGACCUCACAGCUCUCAGCUACCUGCACGAGCCUGCAGUCCUGCACAAUCUCAAAGUGCGAUUCGUUGAAUCCAGAAUCAUCUAUACGUACUGUGGUAUUAUUCUAGUUGCUGUAAAUCCAUACAAACAGCUUCCCAUCUAUGGAGAUGCAAUCAUUCAUGCCUACUCAGGCCAGAACAUGGGGGACAUGGAUCCUCAUAUAUUUUCAGUGGCAGAGGAGGCGUACAAACAGAUGGCCAGAAAUCACAAGAACCAGUCUAUCAUUGUGAGCGGAGAGUCUGGAGCUGGUAAAACGGUGUCAGCUCGAUAUGCUAUGAGGUACUUUGCUGUUGUGAGCAAAUCUGGAAGUAAGACUCGAGUUGAAGACAAAGUGUUGGCAUCUAAUCCAAUAACAGAGGCCAUAGGGAAUGCAAAAACCACUCGAAAUGACAACAGUAGCCGGUUUGGAAAAUACACAGAGAUCGGCUUUGAUAGGAAGUACCGGAUCAUUGGAGCAAACAUGAGGACUUACCUGCUGGAGAAAUCCAGAGUUGUUUUUCAGGCAGAGAAUGAGCGCAAUUAUCACAUAUUUUACCAACUGUGUUCAUGUGCAGACUUGGUGGAGUUCAAGAACCUGAGACUGUUGAGCGCAGAUAAGUUCAGAUACACUUGCAUGGGCGGUGACAUCACCAUCGAAGGUGUAGUUGACAAGAAAGACAUGGAAGAAACUCGACGGACCUUCUCACUGCUGGGUUUAAAAGAGGACUUUCAGUCAGACGUUUUUAAAGUUUUAGCAGCGAUUCUGCAUUUGGGAAACGUGGAGAUCAGAAGUUCGGGAGAUGAUAAAUCAUCCGUUCCUUCUAACGAUCCUCACCUGGCAGUCUUCUGUGACUUGUUAGGUGUGAAGGCAGAAGAACUGGUGCGCUGGCUGUGCCACCGGCGAAUCGUUCUGGUGGCAGAGGCUGUUGUCAAACCGGUGCCCAAAGAGCGAGCUGUGAACGCCAGAGAUGCCCUGGCGAAGCAGCUCUACGCUCAUCUGUUUGACUGCAUCAUCAACAGGAUCAACGCUGCGCUGCAAGUUCCUGGAAAACAACAUGCGUUCAUGGGUGUCCUGGACAUUUAUGGGUUUGAAACAUUUGACAUCAACAGCUUUGAACAGUUUUGCAUCAACUACGCGAAUGAAAAGCUCCAGCAGCAGUUUAACUUGCACGUUUUCAAGCUGGAGCAGGAGGAGUACAUGAAGGAGGACAUCCCUUGGACGCUGAUAGAUUUCUACGACAACCAGCCUGUCAUCGACCUGAUCGAAGCAAAGAUGGGGAUCCUGGACUUGCUUGAUGAAGAAUGUUUAUUCCCUCAAGGGACUGAUCAGAGCUGGCUGCAGAAAUUGUACAACUACCUGGAUGCCAAUCCUUUGUUUGAGAAGCCCAGGUUAUCAAAUGAGGCUUUUGUGAUUCAACACUUUGCAGACAAGGUGGAAUAUCAAUGCAGAGGUUUUCUCGAGAAGAACCGAGAUGCUCUUUACGAAGAACUUGUGAACACAAUGGGGACCAGUAAGUUUUUGUUUCUGAGAGACUUUUUCCAAGAAAAGGAGCAAAACACCACAAACUCUAAAGGUGUGAAAGUGAAGCCGGCCAGGCCUUCGUUGAAACCAGCCAAUAAACAGCUGAGAACCUCUGUGGGAAACAAGUUCUGCAGCUCCCUGUCUUUACUGAUGGAGACGUUAAACGCCACCACUCCUCACUAUGUGCGCUGCAUUAAGCCUAACGAUGAAAAACGUCCGUUUGAGUACGACUCUGGUAGAGUGGUGCAGCAGCUGCGAGCCUGUGGGGUCCUGGAAACUAUUCGUAUCAGCGCCCAGAGCUACCCUUCCAGGUGGACGUACAUUGAGUUUUACAGUCGAUACAGUAUCCUAAUGUCACACGAGGAGGCUAACCUCAGAGACAAGAAACAAACCUGCAAGAAUGUGCUGCAGAAGUUGAUUCAGGACUCCAACCAGUACAAGUUUGGCCGGACAAAGAUCUUCUUCCGAGCCGGUCAGGUAGCUUAUCUGGAGAAGCUGCGUCUGGAUCGACUUCGAGCAGCCUGUGUGACCAUUCAGAAACACUUACGUGGAUGGAGCCACAGGAGGAGGUACCUGAGGGUGAGGGAGGCAGCCAUCAUCAUUCAACAGUACAUCCGAGGGAAGAGGACAAUUCGUAAAACGGUGAGCGCUGUAAUGCUGAAGCAGGGCUGGGCGGCUCUGGUGAUCCAAAGACACUGGAGAGGAUACCGCAUGAGGCAGGUCUUCCAGGUGGUCCGUCUGGCCUCCAUCACCAUCCAAGCCUUCACAAGAGGUUGGAUGGCCAGAAAACGCUACAAGAAGAUGAUGGAGGAACACAAAGCACUGGUUUUGCAGAAAUAUGCCAGAGCAUGGUUGGCACGGCGACGGUUUCAAACCAUGCGCCGGCUCGUGCUUAAUGUCCAGCUUUCCUACAGAGUUCAGCAGCUCCGUAAGAAGAUUGACGAGCAGAACAAAGAGAAUCGUGGACUGAUGGAACGACUCACGAGCUUGGCCAACUCUAAUUCUCAAACUGUGGAAAGACUUCAAAGUCUGGAGGCGCAGCUGACAAAAUUAACCACUCAGAAGGCUUCUCUGGAGGAAAAAGAGAGGAAAGCCAAAGAAGAAGCUAGUCUGACAAUUGCUCGGCUUCAGAAGGAAAUAGAAGCACUCAGCCUUGAAAAGCAGAACUUGGAGAAAAAGUUUGAUGUGAGCAUCAAAGAGGCCAAAGAGAGCUUUGAUCAAAUAAAAAGGAACCUCCUGGAUGAGAAAGAAAAUGAAGCCAGGCUUAGAAAGAUCGCAGAGAAUAACACUGAGAUCCAGAGACAGGACCACGAGAAAGAGCUGGAAACUCUGAAGGAGGAGAUAAAGAGACUAAAGGAGGACAGGGUGAGUCUGCAGAGGAAGAUGGAGGAGGGUGCGCAGGUGAACUCUGAGCUGCAGGAGCAGGUCGUUCAGCUCACCAAACACGUCAAGGUCAUUCCAGAGCUGCGCAGGGAUCUGAACAACAUGCAAAACCAGAGGAACAGCCUGGACCGAAGGAUGAAGGAACAGUCAGAACAAGCAGCAGAUAAAGUUAAGAAGAUCAUAAGACAACUUCUUGGUGAUGUUGUUGAAAAGGAGAAACUUUUGGGGCUCGCUCCUGUCAACUUUGAGAAGGUUUAUGACCCUGAUGAUUUGCUGGCAACCUUCGAGGGCCUGCACGAAGCCGCCAGGAUUCUGGAAAGCCACCAGAGGGAACUCAGGGAGAGCCAUGAGACUCAAGUGGAGGGCUUGGUCCUAAAAGCGGACCUCCUUCAAAAUGAGAACAGCAAGCUGCAGAAUCUCUUCCAGGAAAAAAUUAACGUCAAUGAAGAUAUUCACCAAGAAGUGUCGAGGCUGAGCAGUGAGAACUCUGUUAUACCUGAGCUGAAACAGCAGGUUUUUGAGCUGCAAAGACAUAAACAGGAGCUGGAGGGUUUUGUAAAGGAGCAGAGCCGAGAGUUAGCAGAAAAAAACACAGAGAUAACCAACAUUCUUCAGACAAAGUUUACAGAAGAAAGCUCACAGCGCAGACUCUUUGAAGAGAGAGCCAGAGAGCUGGAGGAGGCGAAGGAGGAGCUUCAAGGGAGGAUCAAGGAACUGGAAGAGGAGAAGGAUCACUUGAGGAGACAGCAGCUGAUGGAGAGUGAAGUCAAGGGAAAACUGAGAGAGGAGACUUCACGAUUAACUGCAGAGAACAUGGACUUCGAAGAGCAGCUCGACCAGAAAGAUAGACUAAUAAAGAAACUCCAGAGUCAAAUAAAGUGCCUUGAAAUAUCAUCAAAAGCAAAACAAAAUUCAGUGUCUGUCAUUCCCAAAGAAUACCUCGGCAUGUUGGAGUACCAGAGAGACGAUGAGUCCAGGCUCAUUCAAAAUAUCAUCCUGGAUCUGAAGCCCAAAGGUGUGGCGGUCAGUAUGAUUCCCACCCUACCUGCGUACAUCCUGUUCAUGUGUGUCCGACACGCCGAUUACCUGAACGAUGACAGAAAACUCAAGUCUCUCAUGAACGGGAUGAUUGUUGCUGUCAAAAAAGUCAUCACGGCUCACCACAAAGACGCUGAGUUUUUGUCCUUUUGGCUGUCGAACACACAUCAGCUGCUCAACUGUCUGAAACAAUACAGCGGGGAGGACGAGUUCCUGAAACAAAGCACCCCUCGUCAGAAAAAGAACUGCCUGCAGCACUUUGAUUUGUCCGAACACAGACAGAUUCUCAGUGACCUGGCCAUUCACGUCUAUCACCAGCUCAUCAGUGGCAUGCAGAAGACUCUCACACCUGCUAUUGUGCCUGGUAUGUUGGAGCACGAGAGCUUACAGGGGAUCUCCAGCAUGAAGCCGACGGGCUUCAGGAAGCGCUCCAACAGUGUUUAUAACGACUCUGAGAGCUACACCAUCUCCUCCAUUCUGCAGCUGCUCUCCAUCUUCCACUCCACCAUGAGCCACCACGGCAUGGAGCAGUGCCUGAUCAACCAAGUCGUCAAACAGCUGUUCUUCCUGGUGGGGGCCACCACCUUCAACCACAUCAUGCUCCGCAAAGACAUGUGCUCCUGCAGGAAAGGGAUGCAGAUCAGGUGUAACAUCAGUUACCUAGAAGAGUGGCUGAAAGAGAAGGAGCUUCAAAGCUCUAACGCUAUAAAAACUUUGAGGCCAUUGACUCAGGCUGCCUGGCUGCUGCAGGUCAGCAAGUCCACUGAUGAAGACGCCAAAGAGAUCGCUGAAAAAUGCACCGAGCUCAGCCCUGUUCAGAUUGUCAAGAUUUUGAAUUCCUACACACCCAUAGAUGAUUUUGAGAAAAGAGUAACGUCCUCAUUUGUCCGCAGAGUUCAGUCGUUACUUCAAGACCAUGAAGGGUCCACACUGCUGAUGUUGGACUCAGAUUAUCGUUUCCAGGUCACUUUUCCUUUCUGCUCGUCUUCCAUGGCUCUGGAGUCGGUGCAGGUCCCGACCAGCCUUCAUCUGGACUUCCUGACCAGGAUCUGAUCCGACACACUCGACCUUUGACCUGUGAAUUUUCAUGACAAACGACGCCUUUAAAUGUCUU